ACGCGCAGGCGGCACCGGGCGCUGCCAUGGCGGCUCCCGUUGGUGCGGAGGCCCCGGCAGCCGGCCCCGGCGCUCUCUGGGCCGAGGUGCGGGCGCUGCUGCCCGGUACCGAGGGGGAGUUCACGUUAGCGCUGAGCGGAGAGGUGGACCCGUGCGUGCGGCCGCUGCUGCGGAGGGCCCGCGGGCUGCUGUACGGCGCGGAGGGCCCGGCCGGCGGGGAGGCGGCUGCGCUGCGGCGCCUGGGCCACGUCCUGCGGGACUACUCGUGGGAGAAGCUGAACGCGGGCCCGUGGCAGGAGGUGAGCAAGGCCUGGCGCCAGGUCUACACCUACGGCUGCCUCUUCGGGGCGCUGGCCGAGAUCUCCGCGGGCUGCCCGCCGGUGUCCGCCGUCCGCCUCUGCGACAUGGGGCUGCUCAUGGGGGCCUCCGUCCUGGACAACGUCCUCGGGCGCCUCGUCCGCGUCCUGCAGCAGCACCUGCCCCGGGAGCGGCGCGGCGCGGCCGGGCUGGCCGCUGAGGUACGGCCUGAGGGGCCCGGGCCUCCCCCGCGCCGCCCUCUCCUUCCCUCCUCUCCCCCCGGGCCGGGCCGGGGCUCGGCGGGGCCGCUGCCGGCAGCUGCGGGACCCGAGCCCCUGUUGCAGAAGGCCCGGCCCGAGCCCCGGCCCGCCCCUGCCGUGCGGCCGGAGGAGGAGCUCCCCCGGCUGCGGUGCCCUUCGCUGGAGAGCUUCCGAGACAAGCACCUCAUCCCGCAGAAACCCGUGGUGCUGGAGGGCAUCAUGGACCACUGGCCGUGCAUGAGGAAGUGGAGUGUGGACUAUAUCUGUCAAGUCGCUGGGUGCCGCACAGUGCCUGUGGAAUUGGGCAGCCGAUACACAGAUGAGGAAUGGUCUCAGAAGCUCAUGACUGUUGAUGACUUCAUCGGCCAGUAUAUUGUGAAUGAGAAGAGUAUGGGAUACCUUGCCCAGCACCAACUCUUUGAUCAGAUCCCAGAACUGAAAGAAGAUAUCAGUAUCCCUGACUACUGCUGCCUGGGGGAAGGGGAGGAAGAGCACAUCACCAUCAAUGCUUGGUUUGGUCCAGAAGGCACUAUCUCACCUCUUCAUCAGGAUCCCCAGCAAAAUUUUUUAGCUCAGGUAUUUGGAAGGAAGUAUAUCCGCCUGUAUUCACCUCAAGAUUCAGAAAACCUGUACCCACAUGAAAGUCAAAUUCUUCACAACACCAGUCAGGUUGAUGUGGAAAACCCUGACUUAGUUAAGUUCCCCAAUUUCAGAAAGGCUGCGUUUCAAUCCUGUGUUCUGAUGCCUGGACAGGUUCUGUUUAUUCCAGUUAAAUAUUGGCACUAUGUACGAUCGCUUGAUGUCAGCUUCUCAGUCAGCUUCUGGUGGUCAUAGCUCUGAAGCAUGAAGAAAGUCUGUUAGCACUGCAACAGGAAUUAAGAAUUCUUCUUAAGUACAAGAAUGUUCUUCCCUAUCCAGAAGUUAGAGAUGGAUUAAAAUACCCAACAAACUCAUGCUUCAGCUUGGUGAAAGAAUCUGGAUGGGUAAAAGGAAAGAAGAUGCUGCAGCCACUUUAUUGUUGUGAGUGUUUCAAAUAUGAACACCUCAUAAAGAGCUUAUGUUAGGUCAUCAUCGUGUGUGUGUGUAUUUGAAACAGCUCUAUCUAUGGCCGCUGCCAGGACUGCUUCUAACUGUAUCUGGCACAUCAGGUUAGUGUUAUCUUCUAUUUGGAUUUAAUAACAAACUGGGAGUUACACAAGCAGGGUGUAAAUGCCAGUGAAGGAUGGUACUACCCAAAGGUAGCAAGAUGCCAGUCUCCUAUACAGAAAAAGUUACCAAUGUUAAGACCUAGGAACAUAAUUAGUUGUGGCUAAUCCACAGCUGAACUGCAGUUAAAUAAACUGAAGCUUAAUCAUGCUUUGAAUAUCUGCCUUCUGCAGAUAUGCUGCCAUUCCACACUGGUACCUGGCAAGAUUUGAUCCUUCUGUUUUUUUAAGUCACUGUUAAAGUAAAAAGCAUCCUUGCAUAAAACUGGACAGUGAAGUGCUAAUACCAAAAGUUAAUUUUAAUUAACUUUUUUUUCCACACUUCACAUACAAAAGCUGCCAUUGGCCCAUUUCUGUGAGGCUCCUGCCCAGUCAUUUUGAGUGUGGGAAUAUUCCCUCUUUUACUGAGCACAGCUGCUCACAACCUGUCUUGUUUGAUGAACUCUCCUGUGUCUCCAGAAGGAACAAAACCCAAGCAGCAGUGCCCACUGAAAGCAUUCAAACUCUAGCCCUAGGUCAGAUACUCAGGCUGUCCACCUUAGUGAGACACCACAAGUACUGCAUUGAUUUUUCAGCUGCUUGAAGCCCUGUAAUUUCAUUUUCAGUUGUGUCCCAGCCCAAGAGCAUGGAGAACUACAGACACAGCAGGCUCCAAGAGAGCUGUGCAGGCAUAACUAAAGGAGAACAGGAAGGUCAAUGAUAAUUUUAUUAUUGUAAAUUUGUCUGUAAAAUUCUUAAAAGCUUGUAAAAUUCUUAAAAGCUUGAGGAAAAGCCAAGCACACUGACCUCUGCAUUGUUGCUAAUGAAUACAAUACAAGCCUGGCUGCUCUGCAGGGGUGGGGGAAAGAGAUUUUACUAAAAUCCAGUUUUCCUAGGAUCGUCUUGUGCUGAGCAUGAAGCUCUUCUCUGUUCGCACUGGUUUCGGUGGUGACUGGGUGUCUGUCUGACUCACUCCUGUGAAGACAAAAGGAAGGAAGGUCAAUGACAGACACAUAAAAAAGGUUGAUACUAUAUAACCUCCAGAUUUCUAAAACGCUUUAUACACUCCUGUGUUCAGUGUCCAGUUUCCCUGGCUAAAUAAAGGAAUUCCAAAGAGAU